AUGUAUAGUCCUCUCACGCCGCAAACGGGUGGAUUAGAUGGAGGCUUUGGGAGCAUUGAUGGCAACGCGGGCGCUGCUGUUACCAAUCCGUUCAAUUUCACACCGAUCCAAUAUGAGCGCAGUCCGUCGGUUGGCUCCAAGAGUGAGCUCGUGGGAAAGAGGAGGGGGCACAAAUAUAGGCACUCGUCUAUUCAUGCAAGCCAUAUGGAGGGCAUAUUCAAGCCGCCGGAGAGCAGACGAACACCUCUCGCUGUACCCGCGAGUCUUCCUAUGCCGACAAGAAAAGAGGCCUGGUGGAGCAUGACGCGGCAGCAAACGAUACGCCUAUCAUGGUGUGCCUGUCACUUCCUGAUCGCGGGCUACGUGCAAUUCAGUGGUGCGGGCAGUUUGGCAAUGACCGCACUGAGCCGGCUGCUAUUAUUCGACGCAGCAGGUGCCACAGUCUGCGUUGUUGUCGAUGUGAUGGGAAAUUUCGAGGUCUGGAAACGAAGCUCAAUCAAGCACCCGUUCGGUCUGGAGCGAGCAGACGUGCUGGCAGGCUUUGGCAUGGCAGUGUUCAUUGCGUUCAUGGGCCUUGACGUGAUAAGCCAUGGUAUUCAGCAUUCGCUUGAGAAUGUCGGCAGUCACGUCGCUCACUCUCCACACGCGCAUGACAGAGUUGGCGCAGGACAUGUCGACUCCGCGAGUCUGUUGUCAAUCGCAGCAACCAUUGUCUCCGCAGUCCUGCUCAAGAACCAUGCUCGCAUCGGUAAAGCCAUGCGGUUUGAAUUGCUCGCCGGCUGGGGCAAGAUAUUCGGCAAUCCAUCUCACUUCCUGACGAUCUCCUGCUCGGUCCUCAUCCUGGCUUUGCCGUUUCUCGCGCAACAGCACUACGGCGUUUUCGACUUUAUCCUGUCCAUCAUUAUCGCCCUUCUCAUGGUUGCACUCGGAGCGAAGCUUGGAACCUCUUUAUCAUCGAUGCUGUUGAUGAGCUACAAUCCGCGCAGAAAGAACGCUAUGCCCGAUAUCAUCGACGAGAUUGCAAAUUCGGAUGCAGCAGUCACGAACGUGGACGAAGCAACAUUUUGGCAAGUUCAUUAUGGCCUAUGCAUGGCAAACUUGAAGCUGCGAUACCGCAAAAGCCGAGACGGGUACGGCAUAAAUGCUGAUGACCUAACGAGGAUACGAAAGAAAGCGACGGAUGUGAUCAUGAAGCAAUUCGGGGGCGUAAGGUGGGAUGUCAGUGUACAGUUGAGCAUAGAGACUGAUUGA